AGAGAUAGAGAGACAACUGGUGGUGGCUUAACCAGAGGGUCACCGUGCCUCAGGAGAGGGGAGAGGUUGCAAAGGAGAGUCUUUCACAGUAACCUCAGCUGGUGUAGCAAUUGAACCUACACUGUUGGCAUCACUCGCCAGCUAACUGAGCUAAUGAAAAGACUUGAGAGCCACUUUGUUCGGGCCUAUAGGGGCAAAAACAUAACACUGACAAGUUACUUCUGUGCUUUCAGACAGCAAAAGUGCAACUCGAGAAAAUCACCAGGCAGCGGGUCCAGCUCUGAUCUCAACUGGAGGUGCACCAUAGAGGAUGACAAUUAUGCCGUCUCAUUUCGAUAUAACUAUGUCUUUAAACCGGAAGAGCCCAUUAAUCUGAGCAAAUCCUUCAGACCCUUGGCAAACAUCAAACCUCAACCCCCGUUUAAUCUGAGUGUUGUCAACACAACAGAAGGGGAUUACUUACUGUCCUGGCAGACAAUCUACACAAGAAAUUCAUCCAAUCGGCUCUUUGGAAGGUUACAGUAUGAAAUUAACUACAAGCGAAGCUGGGAUUCAUGGGAGAAUUCAGCAGUGGAAACUGUGCAAGAAGGCAGCCAGCAGAUACAAAUCAACAGAUCGUUGCUGGUAGAUUCAGAAACCUACGUUGCCCGUGUGAAGGCGAAGCCACAGCAGCAGGAGGAUUCUAGAGGCCACUGGAGUGAAUGGAGCUCAGAGAUCCAGUGGGAGACAACUGCAAACACCUAUAACCUCCAAACAGCUAAAGCUGAGGUGAUGCCUCGAAAUCUGAUGUGUUUCUAUGAUGGUAUCCAGGAGAUUGAAUGUACUUGGGAAAUAACAAGGGAGUCCAGUAAAUAUUUCCAAUUCAGUCUGCACUAUGGAAAAGCCAAGAGCUCUGAGACCAAGGAGUGUGAGAAUCCAGGGAUAUUACAGAUGUUUAAACAUCUCACUGUUCAUCGCUGUAGCAUUCCUGUGAACAAUCAGGAGGUCAUGGAUGACUAUGAGGUGUUCCUGAAGAUUGUUGAGCCAUCAGUAGUAUUUAAACCCUAUAACAACAUAAAACCAAAGGCCCCUUUCAACUUGACCAUAAAACAGCUGCCGGAUGAGAGGUAUCAAUUGGACUGGCUCACUAAGAAGGCUCAAUUUAAUUCCGAAUAUGAAAUACAUUACAAGAAGGCUGAAGAUUCUUGGGAGAAUUUCAAAGUGCUGAAAAUUCCUCAAGACACCAAAUCCUUCCAAAUCCAAAAGAAUUCACUGGAGGCAUCCAGUCACUAUGUUGUCAGAGUGAGAGCAAAGGUGAAAUGUCGACAAGGUCCCCAUUCUUACUGUGGACCAUGGAGCGACUGGAGCGAAGAAGUUUCAUUUCACACGGAGCCUGAUAACAAGAUAGUCAUCAUCGCGGCAGUUAUAAUUCUGAUGGUUUUAAUCCUUUUUAUUCGCCCCUUCUUCUGCCUGAUACAAAGAAAAAAGAAGUCCUGGUUGGACAGUAUCCCUGACCCAGCAAAGAGCAAGCUUUUCCUGAAACAGAACCAGACAGGGAUUCUUGGAUAUUUGGUCCCCGUGGGGACUGUUACUCUGGAAGAAGGCAACAUCUGCCAAGUGGUGCCUGAUGAGACAGAGGAGAUAUCUCCUCAGGUCAUUUCUAAGGAGGAAGCCGCAUCUCUCCAGAUGGAAAAGGAGAAAGCCAGCUCAUCCCCUCUGCUGACUCGAAGCCAAGAUGCUCACGAGCAGUUGUACCCUGCUUUUGGAGCGAACCCAUCUUCUCAGGAAGGUUUCUCCAACUUCCCGAUGUUUCCGAGUGACCUAUCUGAUUACAACGGCCCGUAUUUGUUCAAUUACCAAGCUAUAUCUUCUGGGUCUGAGUUCUGUUCAGAACUAAAUCAUGGGUGUGAGAAACGUUUCGAAUGCAUAACAGGGCCUCCUGGAUAUGUGAAACUUCCAGGGGAAAGCCCACAUUUGGACCAGGCAAAUGGUGGAACGACACCACCUUUGCCAACGUCUGCUUACGUUCUCAACACUCCACAACCCAGCCCGGAUGUCCCGAAUCCAGCUGGUUAUCACGUCGGCACUGGCAAUGCCACAGAGGCUACCUUGAGCCAACUAGCGUUGGGACAACAGCCCUCCAUUUCCAGUUAUGUCCUGUGCCCCCCAGUGUCAAGCUCCAGCCCGAAGUUUCCGAGAGAAGCACACUCCGGCUACAUCCGUGAAAAUGACGCGGGCCAAUCCGGUUCAAGCCAGGCUGAUCCAUGGGUGGACGGGAUGGCAUACCCACCGACCACCCGACCGCCAACAGAUCCCGAUGGGGAGUUAGAGACAUGGCGCUUUAUUCCGACGGUGGGCGACGAAAACACGCAGGGACGGCAAAGCCACACUGACGGCUCCCGGAAAACUCCAUCGGUCACACCUCAGCAACCGCCCGACAAUGUUAACUAUGUGUGUAUUCCGCCCAGCGAUCUCACAGGACCCACGCACAUUCCUCCUGAGCAGGCCUCAUUGAGCGCAGAUGGAAACACAAGCCUUUCGAGUGACCAGCAGCAGGGUGUAGACUUUACUUGGACAGCGGCCAUUAAUAAUGGCGUAGACUUUAAUUACCCUCCAAAGCAUCAAGUAGACUCCCAGAAACCUCCAUCCAAAGAGGACACACUGUUGCUUAAUAACAUGCAAAGUGAUGCUCCCAAUGUAAUCCUCUACCAACAAGGAGGCAAACCACUAAUCCUGAAGCAAAUUGGAGAUUAUUGCUUCAUUCCAGGAUCCCGUCCUGCCAAUCCAAAAGAAUCCAUCAAAUGCCACCCAGCGACAGAUACUGAACCAGCUAAAGAAGCUUCUGUUUGGUAUGAGGGUUCCAAUGUGAUGCCUUCAUUUCAUUCUCCCUAUAUUACAAGUAACAAGGUGGGUCAACCUCAGAAUAUACCUCCAUGCUUCCUCAAAAACCAUCUUAAGGAAACAAUUGCGUAGCAUUUACUCAGCAAAAGAGGAGCUGGAGCAAUUUCUGGUAGUUGAUAGCCAGCCACCAGAGCUAGUUGUCUCACCGAGCCAGCACAAGCUGAAUGGCCUCUUCCUGUGCUGGUUCAUUCUACCAUUCUCUGAUGCUGACUCUAUUUGACCUCGGCAAAGCAUCCAUCUAAUCAAACAUGGUCAGGCAUCCUACAUUUCUUCAUCUUCCUUCUUCUGACAGCUCUGAUCAGGAAAUGCCCUGACCACCACACUAACCUCCCCCAUUGUUAGCCGGGCUAUUGGCAACUGUUGGACCAGCUCACGUGUGAUAAUUUCUGACACUCUGUUGGCGAUUAAAAACCAAACGUUUACAUUUUACAUGCUUAUGUGAACCUUGCCUGAAUUUCACCUCUCAACAACUUAGUUGGAACCAAAAAUUGCAUUGACUAUCAACUGGAAGACAAAGAAUUGAUGCCCAUGCUCAGCAGUGGAUGAGCACUUAUUCUGAUUAUGUUGUUAAAUUGUUAUUGCCUCUCGAGCCUUCAUGUGUCUGAGAGGAGUGUUUGCCAAUCAAGGGCAUAUCUUUGAUUUUCAAUGCCCACCGUUCCUCGACAGUGGUGAGAAGAGAGGCCAUGGAGGAAAGGAAAUGGUUGGCAAAGUUUUUCCUUCCAAGCUGAAUUGACGGAGGCAGUAAGGAAGUGACAAAUCAGCCGAAAUAAAGAAGUGGGUGGAUCUAUACAGGAUGCAAUCUCCUACAAAAAAAUCUAAAAGAAAUUAUUUAUAUAGCAACUUUCAUGACAUCGGAGUGCCCCAGAGCAUUUCACAAUCAGCAGAGUCCUUUUUGACAUGUGGCCGUCAUUGUAACGUAAGGUCGGUUGGCUGGGCAACGGUGGAAUGAUGCCAAUCAAUUCCUGCAGAGGCUGAGGUCACCACGAAGGCUAUGCCAUCUCCAGAUUGCCGUGUGCCAGCAGAAUGGCGACCCUCAGGUUAAACUCGCUACCAGCCAUCUCUCUCUCUCUCUCUCUCUCUCUCAUGAGAGAGCUGCCUAUGGUCAUUGUAAGUAUUCCCAGCAGGAAUCUCUGCACAAUUAAACUCCUUCAGGCAGCAGUGUGAUAGCACCUAGACCAAUCUGCUUUUAAUGCUGAGGGCCGAAUAUUGGCCAAGCCUCCAGAAAACUCUUCCUGAAAAUAAUGCCAAGUGACCUUUUCCAUCUAUCCGAGAGGCUAAAAGAUGGGAUGUCUAAAUAGUGUAUGUUUUUUUUCGGCUCCAGUGUCAGAGAGAGAUUGUCAAUUUCAGGACUUCUGUUCUGAAGUGAGAGUUUUUAGUAAAACAAAGAUACAGGGCAACACAAUGGUUCCACAAAGGAUUUUGAAACAGUUUGAAGUGAUGAGGUCCCAGUUUUUGGUGGACACUACACUAUUGAUAAUUAAGGAGGAAGCGUUUCUUGUGGCAGGAGACUUAAUCGGACAGGACAGCGUCCCAAUUGCUAUGUUCGGGAACACAGUUUCUGACAAGAUGUUGCCAACAGUAACUUUCCCAAAGGGAGCUGGAUAAAUACAUAAAGGGGAAAGAUUUUGCAGGGUUGAAAGGGGAGGAAGCAAGGGAGUUGGAAGUGUUUAUUCUUUCGUGGGAAGGGGGCACCACUGGCAAGAUUCGUUGCCCAUUUCCUGAUUUCCCCUGAACUACGGGCAGUCAGGAGUCAUAGAAACAUAAAAUCUAAGAGCAGCAGUAGGCCAUUCGGCCCUUCAAGCGUGCUGCACUAUUCCAUAGGAUCAUGGCUGAUUUUCUAUCCCAAUGACAUAUUCCUACGUUCUCCCAAUAGCCAUCGCUGCCUUUAACAUCAAUGGAAUCAAAGAAUCAAUGUCACUGCUGUGGGUCUGGAGUCAUGUGUAGGCCAGACCAGCUAAAGGUGGCAGAUUUCUGUCCCUGAAGGACAUCAGUGAAACAGUUGGGUCUUUAUGACAAUUUAUUGAUUGUUGCUGUUACUAAGGCUAGCACUUAGUUGCAGAUUUAUUAAUCGGAUGUGAAUCUCAUGACUUUGGUCAGACUUUGCCUCUUUGACUCAUUUGUGUAAUUAAUAAAGUUUGCACUGUACAUAUCUUUAGUGGUGGAACCUUGAUUUGUAUGUAUUAUUGGGUACGGUUAAAUGAGAUGCUAAUUUAAAGAUUUCUGAAGUGUUGAAUAGUUUUAUGCAGCUUUAAGGGGUAAUAAAAAACAUAGGCAUGAACUGAGGUUGAUGUCUAAAUAAUUCUUUUAUUUGGGUUUCAGUCAGUCUGGCAUUAGCCGCAAAAGGAAGAAAAAUACUGUGAUACUACAGUAGUGGCCUGUGGGCAUCAGCUGAAAAUAUAGGGUGGAUAUGUAAGCCAUCUUGCGUAGACUUGCAUAGAAGCCAUUAGGUAUUUGGUCAAGAAUUGUAAAUAAAGGGUGUAAGUUAAAGUUAUCUUGUUGUAUGAGAUCAUGGCUGAUGUGAGAAUCUUCAAAUCCGCUUUCCUGCCUUUUACCCACAAUCCUGGAAUCAUUUAGUGAUUAAAAAUGUUCUCUCUCAGCCUUGAAUAUACUUAUCAACCCAACCUCGACAGCCCUCUGUGGUAAAGAAUUCCAUAGAUUCAUUAUCCUCUGAGAGAAGAAAUUUCUCCUCAUCUCCCACUUAAAUGAGUGACAGCGCACUGUGAGAUUAUGCCCUCUAUUCCUAGACGCUCCCACAUUCGGAAAUAAACCUUUCUGUAUCCACCUUGUCAAACCCCCAACUCUCCCCAAGAAUUUUACAUGUUUCGUUCAGGCCUCCUCACAUUGGUCUAAACUCUAAUGAGAACAGGCCCAACUUACUCAACGUCUCAUAGGAGAAAAUGUCUCUAUACCUGGUACCAGCCGAGUGAACCUUCUUUGGACUGCCUUUCAGUGCCAGUAUAUCCUUCCUUAGAUAAGAACAUAAGAACAUAAGAACUAGGAGCAGGAGUAGGCCGUCUGGCCCUUCGAGCCUGCUCCGCCAUUCAGUAAGAUCAUGACUGAUCCUUUCGUGGACUCAGAUCCACUUAUCUACGUUCUCACCAUAUCCCGUAAUUCCUUUAUUGUUCAAAAAAAAUCUACCUUUUUUUUAAAAACAUUUACUGAAGUAGCAUCAACUACUUCACUGGGCAAGGAAUUCCAUAGAUUAACAACCCUCUGGGUGAAGAAAUUCCUUCUCAGUUCAGUCCUAAAUCUGCUCCCUCUAAUCUUGAGGCUAUGCCCCCUUGUCCUAGCUUCACCUGCCAGUGGAAACAUCCUCUCUACUUCUAUCUUAUCUAUUCCCUUCAUAAUUUUAUAUGUUUCUAUAAGAUCCCCCCUCAAUCUUCUGAAUUCCAAUGAAUAUAAUCCAAUCUACUCAGUCUCUCCUCAUAAGCCAACCCCCUCAACUCCGGAAUCAACCUAGUGAACCUCCUUUGCACCCCCUCCAGUGCCAAUGCAUCCUUUCUCAAGUAAGGAGACCAAAACUGCACACAGUACUCCAGGUGUGGCCUCACCAGCACCUUGUACAGCUGCAACAUAACCUCUCUGCUUUUAAUUUCAAUCCCUUCAGCAAUGAAGGACAAAAUUCCAUUUGCCUUCCUAAUUACUUGUUGUACCUGCAGACCUACCUUCUGUGAUUCAUGCACAAGGACACCCAGGUCCCUCUGCAUAGCAGCAUGCUGCAACUUUUUACCAUUCAAGUAAUAACCCUUUUUACUAUUACUCCUACCAAAAUGUAUGACUUCACAUUUAUUUACAUUGUAUUCCAUCUGCCAGACCUUUGCCCACUCACUCAAUGUAUCUAUGUUCCUCUACAAAGUUUCACAGUCCUCUGCACACUUUGCUUUGCCACUCAUCUUAGUGUCAUCUGCAAACUUUGACACCCUACACGUGGUCCCCAACUCCAAAUCAUCUAUAUAAAUUGUAAAUAAUUGAGGUCCCAACACCGAUCCCUGAGACACACCACUAGUUACUGACUGCCAGCUAGAAUAGCACUCAUUUAUCCCCACUCUUUGCUUCCUGUUAGUCAACCAAUCCUCUAUCCAUGCUAAUACUUUACCCUUAAUGCCAUGCAUCUUUAUCUUAUGCAGUAGCCUCUUGUGCGGCACCUUGUCGAAGGCCUUUUGGAAAUCUAGGUACACCACAUCCACUGGGUCCCCAUUGUCCACCUCGCUCGUAACGUCUUCAUAGAAUUCCAAAAGAUUUGUCAAGCAUGACCUGCCCUUCAUGAACCCAUGCUGCAUCUGCCCAACGGGACAAUUUCUAUCAAGAUGCCUUGCUAUUUCUUCCUUGAUAAUAGACUCAAGCAUCUUCCCCACUACAGAGGUUAAGCUAACCGGUCUAUAAUUCCCCAUCUUUUGUCUACUUCCCUUUUUAAACAGUGGCAUCACAUUUGCUGUUUUCCAAUCUGCUGGGACUGCCCCAGAGUCCAGCGAAUUUUGGAAAAUUACCGCCAGUGCACCUGCUAUUUCUCCCGCCAUCUCUUUUAGUACCCUGGGAUGCAUUCCAUCAGGGCCAGGAGACUUAUCAAUACUUAGCUCCAUUAGCUUGCCCAACACUACCUCUUCCGUAAUUAUGAUUAUUUCCAGAUCCUCACCUACCUUCGUCUCUUUGUCAAUUACUGGCAUGUUAUUAGUGUCCUCCACUGUGAAGACCGAUACAAAAUACCUGUUCAAUGCCUCGGUCAUUUCAUCAUAUCCCAUAACUAAAUUCCCCUUCUCAUGCUCUAAAGGGCCAACGUUUACCUUAGCCACUCUUUUUCGUUUUAUAUAUUUAUAGAAACUUUUCCUAUCUGUCUUUAUAUUCUGUGCUAGUUUUUUCUCAUGUUCUAUCUUACUUUUCCUUAUAGCUUUUUGUGGCUUUCUGUUGACCUUUAAAGUUUUCCCAAUCUUCUAGUUUCAUGCUGUUUUUGGCCACUUUGUAUGCCUUCUCUUUCAAUUUGAUAGCCUCCCUUAUUUCUUUAGACACCCAUGGCAGAUUACCCCUUUUCUUAAAGUAAUUCCUUUUCAUUGGAAUGUACUUUUGCUGAGCACUUUGAAAGAUUGCUUUGAAAGUCCUCCACUGCUCGUCAGCUGUCCCACCAUAAAAUCUUUGUUUCCAGUUUACUUUAGCCAAGUCCUCCCUCAUUCUAUUGUAGUUCCCCUUGUUCAAGCACAGGACCCUGGUAUUGGAUUUUAUCUUCACACUCUCCAUCUGUAUUCUAAAUUCAACCAUACUGUGAUCACUCCUUCCAAGAGGAUCCCUAACUAAGAGGUCAUUAAUUAUUCCUGUCUCAUUACACAGGACCAGAUCUAGGAUAGCUUGCUCCCACGUUGGUUCCAUUACAUACUGUUCAAGAAAACUAUCACGGAUACACUCAACGAACUCCUCCUCAAGGCUACCCUGACCGAGCUGGUUCGACCAAUCUAUGUGUAGGUUAAAAUCCCCCAUGAUAAUUGUCGUACCGUUUUUACAGGCAUUAGUUAUUUCUUUGUUUAUUGCCUGCCCCAAUGUGAUGUUAUUAUUUGGUGGCCUAUAGACUACGCCUAUCAGUGACUUUUUCCUCUUAGAAUUUCUAAUUUCCACCCAAAUGGAUUCAACCUCAUUCUCCACAGAACCUAUAUCAUCUCUCAGCACCGUCCUGAUGGCGUCCUUGAAUAUCAGAGCUACACCACCUCCCUUACCUUCCUGUCUGUCCUUCCGAAUAGUCUGGUACCCUUGGAUAUUUAACUCCCAGUCGUGACCAUCCUGUAACCAUGUCUCCGUAAUGGCUACCAAAUCAUAUUCAUUCACGAUGAUUUGUGCCGUUAACUCAUCAACCUUGUUACGAAUGCUACGAGCAUUCAGGUAAAGUGCCUUUAUGCUAGCUUUCUUACCCUCGUGAUUUCCAACAUCUCUGAUAAUAUCUCCUGAGUUAUCCUUCCUUUUUGCUUCUUUCAUAGUCUGCCUUGAACUUAAACCCUCCUGCACACAUGCUAACCUGCUGUUCACCUUUUUAUUUACCAUCACACUCCCUGUUGUUUUCCCUUUCCCGCAAAAGAAGACCAAAGCUGUUGACAAUAUUCCAGCUGAGCUCUGGCUUGGCCUUGUAUAGGGUGUCAGUUAGCUCAGUUACCUGCAGAGCGAUGCCAACAGCAUGGCUUCAGUUCCUACACGUCCCAACCUUAUUCCCUGUAACCCUGCAUUUCCCAUGGCUAACCCAUGUAGCAUACACAUCCCUGGACACUAUGGGGCAACUUAGCACAGCCAACCCACCCUAACCUGCACAUCUUUGGACCGUGGGAGGAAACCGGAGCACGCGGAGGAAACCCGCACAGACACGGGCAGAACAUGCCUCCACACAGACAGUUGCCUGAGAGUGGAAUCGAACCCAGGUCCCUGGUGCUGUGAGGCAGCAGUGCUAACCACUGAGGCACCGUGCCGCUCUGGGAGCUUGCCAAAAGGACGCUGGCUAAAAGGAGGCUGUUGCCAGGGAAGUUAGGAAUUGGUAGCGGAUGUUUGGGGCAUUAACAGUCAAUGGGUAACCGUCAUUAUUGCAGAUAAGUGUCAUAACCAGGUGCAGGAAUGAGAUCAGUGUCAGAAUCCACACGAAGGCUGAAGGCAGUUGUAGACGGAGUGAGGAAGUAAAGCAAACAUUCAGCUCAAUAUUGUCACAGCAGUUUAUGUAGGCUGCAAAGUUAGAGGUGACAUCUUAAAACUGCAGAAUUUGUUGCGUUUUGGGGUUCUCUUAGUUAAGCUAAAACAUCACAAGACUGGAGACCAGCUUGAAGGAAUCAAGACUCUGGUGACCCAGGGGUUGACAAAGGGCAGACUGUCACACAUUGAACAUCCUGUACCAUGCCUGAACUCGUGUAAUUUUAAUUAUUAAUCAUUGCUGCCCAAUAAAUGCUGGUGGUUUGCAUUCUAAA